GCCUGGGCAGCUCCCUCCGCGCCCCGCGCCCCUGGCCGGCACGCGCCGCAGCGAGCGCUCGGGACGGCCUCGCCAGCUGCUGCCAGUGUGGGCACCUGCUCUCUAAGGGAAAGGCCACUGCUCUCACUGGCUCCCAGCUGUGAUGUCUGGUCACUCCCCCUCCCUCCUGGAGCAGCCCCACCCAGGGUGCGAGCCCACCCAGUGGCCCUUGUGAAGUGGUGAUCACUCCGACCAGCAGGGGUGGAAGAUGGUACCAGUCAACCGUGAGCCGGAGGAGGAGCCCCAAGCCGCUGCCGAGAGAUGGAGGACCCCACGCCUGAGCCCGUCUACGUCGACGUGGACAAAGGACUGACCUUGGCCUGCUUCGUCUUCCUCUGCCUCUUCCUCGUCGUGAUGAUCAUUCGCUGCGCCAAGGUCAUCAUGGACCCUUACAGCGCCAUCCCCACAUCCACCUGGGAGGAGCAGCACCUGGAUGACUGAGGCGCCCGCGGGCGGGGGCCGCGGCGGGGGACCGAGACCCCAGCGCUCUCUGGACAGGGCUGCCCCAGGAUGCGCCUCUGUCCCCUGGCCACCGGCUUUCCAGCCCACGGAGGCGAGAAAGGAUUUGGCCACCCGGGGGUGGAGAAGGUUCACCUUAGCCUUGCCUGCUCUCACAGGAGCAGCAGGGUGAGAUGAUCGGGAGGCUGUGAGUGUUGCAGUGGUGGGCCAGUCUGGGGAUGAGAGCGCUGGACCGGGAGUCAGGAGGCCCGGGUGCCAGUCUGGGGAGUCACUGUGAGCCUAGGGGGCGGUCACCUUCCCUGGCUCGCGCACACCUUUUGGCAUCGGAUAUGGGACAGUUACCCACCAUCAUAACAACAGUGGUCUCGUUUUGAGGAGACUCUUGCCCUUAACAUGCAAAGUAGCACACACACUAGCCCUGGAGGCUCCCAGCACAGACGUUCACCUGAGCCCCAGCCCCUUCCCAAUGGGCCAGCAAUGGAGCGCGUGGUGACGUGGGAAAGGAGUUGGAAGGUGCAUCACCCCAAAUUCACAAAAGGCGCAGGGGCUGCUUCCCAACGGUAUUUUUUUAAACUAAAAUAUAGAGGGGUAUAUUUUUCCUGUUAUAAAUGAAAUGUGUAUUUUGGAAGUUUGGGAAAAUACAGAAAAAAUAGAAGGAUGGGGGAAAAUAACACUUAUAAUCCCACUUCCCCAAAGCCGCCAUUUUGAUAUAUUUUCUCCCAGCAUUUUUUACAUGUAUUUUUAAAUAGUCAAAAUCAUACUGUGUGCAUGAUGUUGUAUCACUUCAUAUUAGAGCAUGAACACUUUCUCAUUUCAUCGAGCACUCUUUAUAGCCGUCAUUUUUACUGGCUGCAGAGUAUUCCAUCAGGUGGAUAGGUCAUCGUUUCAUUAUUAUCUCCUUUGGUCUGACAUUUCUUUUUUUUUCUUUUUCACUAACUUUUCCUCAUGCAAACUUAUUUCACCCAGUGACCUCUUGAGAGCACACAGUUAUGAGAUUAAUAUGGGACAGGAAGACCUGGCUUGUCCUGUCAGUCACUCUAAGGCUGUGUGACCUUGAGCAAGUCACUUCACCUCUCGGUGCCUCCGUUCCCUGAUUUUAAAAAGGGGAGGAAAAGCCUUGCCCUUUUAGUUUUAUGUAAACCUCAUGUGAAUGAAAGGACAGGAGUGGGAGUGCUUUGAAUGUAAACGUGCUGUGGGGGGAGACAAGGGAUAAGUUGUUGAUAAUGACUCUUCUCCCUCUUUUCCCACCCUUCUGACCCCCUCCCACCCCAUCACCUACAUCUAAGGCCUUGCAGCAAGAAUAUUGGACCAGAGCCCACAAACCUGGUCCCAAGUCCCAAAUCCUCUACUUCCUUGCUGUAUGACCCCAAAUAAUUCAGCCUCUCUGAGCCCCAGUUUCCUCAUCUGUAAAAUGAGGGAAUAACAUCUACCUCACAAGGUUGUUGUGAGGAUGAAAUGAGAGAAGAUGGGCAAACAUUGGUGUAUUUUCUUGAUUUAACCACCCCAGGAGAAGCCAGGGGUCUGAGCUGGGAGGAAGAGAGGUCUGGCUUCCCCCUUCUUUGCAGAGCCUGGAACCCUGGGCUUUCCUCAGUUCCCAGGGCCACUUCUGAAAGGCCAAAUCUCCCAGCCAGGACCACUGGUCAGAGGAAUACUCACAGCAACCUCUCCCAGCACCUGACCUCAAGGGAUAUGGUGUCUAUUAAUUUACAUAAUUAUCAUUGUCAUCGGUAUUCCCACAAACAUAAUAUGAAGUUAAACUAGACCACCAGAACUCCCCCUCCUUCUGAAUGCAUUUAUUCCAUCUCUCUAAGACACACCUGCCAUCCCCAUCAGAAGUGCCCUGCAGCUGUGAAGAAGCUCAAGGCUCCCUUCCCAUCACCUGCAUCCCAGCCAUGGGUCCCACUCCAUCCCAUGUCACCUGGGAAGUGGGUUUCCAAAGCACCAUCACCACUAGGUGACCCCUGAAAGUGAACAAGGCCACAGCUGCUCAGACAGCAUUCCAGGGCAUAUCCAGCUGUCCCUUCCUCCACACCCCCACUGUGUGGGAUGCACAAAGGGACAGCUGGCAAAGGCAGUGGACCAAGGUGCAUUGGAAGCUCUGUGUGAGGGGAGGAUCUAGAGCAAGGGCCUUGUACAUUGCCUCAGGCCUAGCAGCAGCCUUCACUCUGCAGCCUACCUCAGAGAUACCAAGCACUUCUGUGAAAAGCUCAUCAGCAUGGAUUUACAAUGCAAAUCAGAACCAACACCCAAUCAGUUAAUAACAGAUCCCAAGCAACAAGAAGAGGUCUUGAAGACCUCACUUGGAGAUACUUUAGAGCUCUCAGGAGUGAAAAACAGGUGCCUGAGGGCUGUGCUACUCAAACCAUGAUGAAGGACAAAUAGCAUCUGCACCACUGAGGGGCUUGUUAGAAAUCCAAAAUCAUGGACCCCUACUCCAGACCUACAGAAUCAUAAUCUCUGGAGAUGGGGCCCAGGAAUCUCUUAGCAAGAUCUACCAAGCAAUUUGUAUGCAUGUUCAAGUUUGAGAAGCACUGCCUUGGGGAUCCUUUGGUCUCAAUUAUUUCUUUUCCACACCUAGAUUUGCUAAUAUUUCCCACUCUAUCUCUUGACUCUUUUUUUUGGUGGCAAAGGGAAAUAAUAUUUCAGAAAAAGAUGGAAAAUUUCAGAAUCACUCCUAAUCCAAGCCUCCACAAAAUAGUGAUUUCUAUCGUGUGUCCAUGUGUUCCCUUCUAAUCCUUGCCCACGUGCAAGAUGUUUUUUUUUUCAUAAAAGCCUUCGGUUACAUCAUUUAAAUCAACAUCUCCUAACAUUUCAUCAUAAGCAUGUUUCUGCUACAGUCUUCCUAUUUAUCAUUUUACUGGCUAUAAACCAUGCCAUCUAGUGCAUGUACGUAGUUAUCCAGAGUCCUAUUAAUAAGUACUUGGAUUGCCUUCAUUUUCCCUAUUAUACAUGUUGCAAAAUAAAAAAAAUUUAAAAAAAGAAAGCUAAAGACAGAUAUGACGAACCCUGGGCUUGCUCAGGAUGGUGGAGAAUAAAUAUUUAAAUUACACCCCUUCCACCUUAGAGACACAUGGGGGAUGAAGAGCCAUCUAAACAUUUGAUCAUAUUAAGGGGAAAAACCAACUGAAAUUUCAAGCUUCUGCUGUUGCUUUAGCUGCUAAAGGAUGGAGGAGAUGGUCCAUUGUCAUCAGAGCAUCUUAGCCAGUUUCUAGCUAGCUGAGAUGAAGUUUGGGGUUUAGUAUGGAGAGGUAAACUGUCCAGCAAAAGAAAUGAAGAGAAUUUUUGAAGACUGGAAGCUGGCAGAGAGCAAAUGAAAAGCAUUUGUGGCAUUGGCCCUAAUCCAGGACUUAAGGCAAAAUAUGAUCAGAGAGAAACUCCCCGCUGCAGGGAAAGGGUGAUGGAUUUUCCAGACAGUGGUGUCUCGUGGCUGAUUUUACAUUGUUGCCUGUUCUGUGCUCCGCUACAGUCCCUCCAUGUUACUCCAAACCCUCAGUAAAGUCUGAUACACAAUCCACUUUGUGGUUGUGGUACUUGGGGGCAAUAAAGACAUCUGGAAGGUGGUCAGUGUGAAGAAAUGUAAUCUGGAAAGGGAUAAUCAUCCCAGGGACAAGUGAGGUAGCAGAAAUAAGCAGAAGCAGGAAAUCAGAAAGCAACUAUACUCCAAUAAAAAUUAAUUUAAAAAAAAUCAGAAUGACGGUUGCUAGCAUAAAUGUGACCGCUGAGAAUGCUCAGAUAGGCUGAUAUGAAUAAUAGCACACUAGUUUUACCAGCCUGGUAUAUCAAUUCCCAUCAUCUCUAUUUCAUUUUUUCCAAUUAGUUGCUCAAAUAUCUACAUGCUCUUAUUGAAUUGAAAGACCCGUGACUCCCUCUCCUAUAAAAUUGCCCCAGAAUUUCGAGACUAACUCAAUCCAAAAGGAGCUGGUCCUGCUUCCAAUUAUCAGGUAGAGAGAAUUUCAAAGUCUGGUGUGUCCACUAGUG